AUGUCGUCCUUGGAUCUGCCCAAACAUGCGCAACAGGGGCACCACCAUGUGGACCAAUCCAACCAUACCGACGUGGUGACAGGGUUUGUCCUCUUGGGCUUCCCGUCCCUCUCGCCCCCCUUCCGCCUCCUCCUGUGCUCUCUGCUGUCCAUUUGCUAUGCCUUCACCUUGGUGGGGAACCUGUGCAUUGUGUGGGCCGUUCUCUGGGACACUCGCCUUGCCCGCCUGCCCAUGUACAUCCUCCUGGGGAACUUCUCCGGGCUCGAAAUGUGCUAUGUAACCACCACAGCACCCAGGAUGCUGUCGGAUCUGGCAUCCCCACUGCCAGGCAUCAUCUCCUUCCAUGGCUGCUUCCUCCAGUUCUACUUUUUCUUCUCUAUGGGAACCACCGAGAGUUUCCUCCUCGCUGCCAUGGCCUUGGACCGGUACCUGGCCAUCUGCCACCCACUGCAUUACCCGAUGCUCAUGUCCCCACGGUUCUGCUGUACUCUGGCAGCUUUCUGCUGGGUCUCUGGUUUCCUGUGGUUCCUGGCACCCAUCGCCUUGAUUUCCCAGCUCCGUUUCUGUGGCUCAAACCUCCUCGAUCAUUUUAUCUGCGAUCCGGGCCCGCUGCUGGCCUCUUCCUGCACCCCAGCCCUUGGCACAGAGAUGGCCUUCUACAGCCUCAGCUCAGUUGCCAUUUUUGGCCCCUUCCUCUUCAUUGUGUGCUCCUACAUCGCAGUCCUGAAGGCAGUCACGCGGCUGCCUUCCGCUGCCGGGAGGCAGAAGGCCUUUUCCACGUGCACCUCCCACAUGGCGGUAGUGGGCCUUUUCUAUGGCUCCAUCAUGGUCACUUACGUUGCCCCCGAAGCUUCGGGGGGCAGCAACAAGGUGGUGACCCUCUUCUAUGCUGUAGUGACCCCCUUGCUCAACCCACUUAUCUACAGCCUGAGGAACAAGGAAAUGAAAGACGCGUUAAGGAGGACGCUGUUACAGGGAAAAUAG